GCGCUCUGCCUUCACUCCGGGGUCAGAAAAAACAAAUCUAAUUCAGCGAACAUGGCGUUACAGGGAGCUCUGAUGUGGAUUUGCUCACUAGCAGUCUUGUCCUCCUGUGCAGCUCAAGAUGAGAGUUUACAGUGCGGAUACCAGCAUCUGAUGUCUAAUCUCAAGGCGGUGGGAGAGUGUGAGGACAGCCUGCCGUGGAGUUCACAGGAGAGAGCUGGCCUGCUGCUCAACCUGAGGAACCAGAAGGACAAACUGUACACACUCCAGCUGAGAGAAUGCCAGGGUGCAGAGCCAAAUAAAUGCCCUCAAGCUGAAGUACCAGAAGAUGGAGGGUUGUUGUGCACCACAGUGAGCAACAAGCGCUACUGCAAGCCUAUGUGCAACCAUGGUCACGAUUUUAGUUUCCUCAGGAGGAGUCGGGUGUAUGAAGAGUGCAGUGAGCAGACGGGGUUUAAAUGGCGGAGUCAGUUCAUUGGAGGAAACAAACUGGCCGUGUGCAACAAAGCAAAAAUCCAGGUGUCAGGAGCAGCGUCAGCAUAUUUCUCUGAAGAUCAGGACUGCCUGACAACCAAGAGCAACAGCAGCCUCAUACAGAGCGCCAUCAUGGGGGUUUUUGAGUCUGAGCUGAGGGGGGCUGGUGUUCAGGGAGACGCCGAGAACAGCUGUCUUCUAUGUGGAUAAACAAGAGUCAGUGAUUAAGUGUUAAUAAAAAUAUCUACACGGCAUGAAUGUUGAAUCACACUACACACCUACGCAAUGAUUACAUUCAGGCACACUUUAGAAUACAACCUCUUUGGACAAUUUAUAUACUUACUGAAAACAAGCUACAAAAUGUAAUACCUUGGAAAAUGCCGUUUAAUACUUUUUAAUAGCCUUAAUUUUCGCUAAAUUCAUUUAUCAACUUCUAAUACUUUUUAAGACCCCGCGGACACCCUGUGUUAGCAACCGCUGCGUUUUAAAUCCACCAAUGGAGUAUUUUCUGACGUAUUUUAUGUGGUAGAACAAAUAUCUCUUCAGCUUGUGUUAACCACAGACCUUAUUUCAACCAAAAA